GCUGAGGAAGAUGAAGCUGAUAAAGGUGUCUGAGCUGCUCCUCGUCUUCUGCUGGGUCCUCUGGGUCUCAGCUGAUGGUCUACAUGAGGCUCUUCACUUCAGUGCAUGUUCAGACUCUAAUGGAGAGAACAUGGACAGUCUGGAUGGAGCAGAGCUUUGGUAUGCAGAUUUCAUCAAUCGAAGACUAGUUGAUGCUCUUCCUGACUUUGCAGAUCCUAUAACCUCACCAGGAGCUUAUGAGCGGGCUGUGGCUGAGCAACAGGUCUGCAGACAGAACCUGAAGACAGUUCAAUCAGACAUGUCUCCAGAAAUGAAGAUCUUUGUCCCUGUUCACUUCAUCUACAUCAGAGACAACAUGGAACUCGGAGUGAAGAACACUCUGAUCUGUUAUGUUUCUGGUUUCUAUCCGGCCCCUGUCAAAGUCUCCUGGACCAAGAAUGGAGAGAACGUGACUGAAGGAGCCAGCAUCAAGGAUCCCUCGCCUAAGAAAGAUGGUUCCUUCACCCAGAUCUCUACACUGGAGUUUAUCCCACAUCAUGGAGAUGUUUACAGCUGUUCAGUGGAACAUCUGGCCCUGAGCCAACCACUGGCUAGAAUGUGGGAUGUGGAGACGACUCAGCCAUGUGUUGGACCUGCAGUGUUCUGUGGACUCGGUCUGACCUUCGGUCUGCUCGGUGUGGCAACUAGAACUUUCUUCCUUUUCAAAGGAAUCCGGUGCAGAUGAUUGGUUGUGGCUGAUAAUGUCAUCAGUGUGUGACAUAGAAUUGUCAGGACAUAAUCCAGAUGUUUCCUUUUUACUGUAAAUGAUGUAAUUGAGUUUCAUCAUUCUGAAUCAAAUCGAUUUAACUCUGA